AUGAAACAGAUCAAUGUGUCCGUCGUGGGUCUUUCCGGAGUCGAGAAGGACAAAGGUCAGCUGGGUGUAGGCAAGUCCUGUCUCUGCAAUCGAUUCGUUCGCCCGAAAACGGACGAUUAUGCCAUCGAUCACAUCUCGGUGUUGAGCCAGUCGGACUUUAGCGGGCGUGUUGUGAACAACGAUCACUUCCUCUACUGGGGAGAGGUGCGCAAAACAUCCGACGAGGGCAUCGAGUACAACUUCAGUGUGGUCGAACAGACCGAGUUCGUUGACGAUGCCACUUUCCAGCCGUUCAAAGUUGGUAAAAUGGAGCCAUACAUCAAACGGUGCGCCGCGAUUCGACUCGCUUCACAGGAGAAGCUUAAGUACAUCUGUAAAAACCAGCUCGGCAUCGAACACGAAUACGAGGAGGUGGUGCUACCGGAAGGGCGCUUCCUCGUCGACGGGUUCGUCUGCGUGUUUGACGUGAGUGUCGUACCGAACCGGACGAUCGAGAAGCAGAUCGAGUUUGUGACGCAAAUAAUCGGCAAUGUGCUAAAGAACAAGAAGCCAAUCGUGUUGGUGACAACCAAGAACGACGAUGCCAGCGAGCUGUACGUGCGCGAGGCGGAGAAAAUAUGCUCCCGCAAGGAAUAUAAGGGCCAGAUACUGCUAGUCGAAACGUCCGCGCACGAGAGCAUCAAUAUCGACUUGGCAUUCGUCGUCCUAGCGCAGAUGAUCGACAAGGCGAAGCAACGCUCAAAGAUCCCGUCAUACGUAGAGGCCGCGCGCCAGCGGACCGAUCUACUGAACGCCAGCACCGAAUACGUGACACGGCUGAUACGGAACCAGAUCACCGACCAUCGGUCGAUCUGGAGUAGCUCAUCGAAGAAGCUUUCCAACCAUCGUGAAUGGAGCGACUUUCUCGAGUUGUUCGGCCAGGAGGCGGGUCAGCGUAUCUUUCGUCGGCAUUUGAAAAAACUGCGCGAGGACUACCAAGCGAAAAAACUUCAAAGUUACGUGGAUUCGUUCACUUGCGUGCUGCAGGAGCUGCUGCCCGACAUCAACAGCAUUAACUUGGAACUUGAUAGCUUCGGCGACUGGUCAUCGAUCCGCGGUUACUUUCGCAACCAUAUUGACUACGAGCAGUAUUUUUUCGACGUGGUCGAGCGAGGUGGCAGUUGGGCGGAGCUGAGCGACAUGAGCGACGUGGAAGAUGAAAACCGGAUACCAUUCGACAUUCUCGACACACCCGAUGCCGAAACUGUCUUCAAAAACCACAUGAACGCAUUACAGCAAGAGCAGAAACGAUUAGAGAUGCCAAAGAGAUGGAAGAAACAGUUCAAGAAGCUGUUGGAGGAAACUGGCUAUGUGACGCCCGGCAAACAGCUUUCAGAGGUACGCGUUCUAUUCAUGGGGCGCGAGUGCUUCGAAGCACUGUCUGAGCACGACUGCCAGCAAAUCUACGACAACCACCAGCGUGAGCUGAUUGAGACUGCAAAACACAACUUCCAGGAGCUUCUGAUGGAGCAUGCCGACCUUUUCUACCACUUUAAAAACAUCGAACCGUCUGGCACGAUCACUCAGAACGACAUCAAGGAGAUCACGGAUGUUCUGCAGGAGGAUCUACGGUAUAAAAUGCUUGAUCGACUUGACCAAGACCGAAAGUUAAUGUUGUUUCAGCAUCUCGGAUUCGUACACUGUCCAAUCCGCGAGCAUUGUCCCGCUUUUCCGAAUUGCGUCGAUGCACUCAUAGAGCGGAUAUUGAUCGCCAAUCAAAAUGCACCGAAUCCGCGAUUUGCCCAAAAGGAUGGGCAGUUGCAGUUAAAUCUGAUCGUGAUCGGGCUCGAUUACAUAGCGGCCGACUUCAUCGACAAAAUACACCAGAACUGCAAUGACAACGGCGAAUACAUCGUCGAUGGGCAGGUGUACGGCCUGAACAUCGAAACGAUCAACCGUGACAACGAUUCCUUCUCGUUCGAACUGCAAUCUAAGGGAUUGUUUUGUUGCUACUCGAACCGCACCACGUUACAGUACGUGUACGAAGUGCUUGACCGACUAUUGGCUGACAAUCUCGAUUUCAAGGACAGCGUCAGCAAUCUGCACAUCGUGUUCAUGAGCGAUGAUAAAAACGAGCAAAGCACGCUGCACCAGUUGCAGACAGACGGUCAGUCAUUGGCCGAGAAGUUGCACUGUGUGUUCAUCGACGAGAACGAAUUCUUUGUGUCACAGCAGCAGAGCAAGUUUAUCGACACCACACUCAACAGUGUGAUCGACUCGAUACCGUUCGAGGAUCUCCGGUACGGGCUUACGCUGCACGAUCUUCCCGACUUGCGGUUGAUUUUAUGUUUGUUCUGUGGUGAUCCCUUCUCAUUCGAGAACCUACUCAGUUCACUGAUGCUUGAGCAGUCCUGCAUUAGCGCGGGCGAGCGUAACAUCAUCUUCGAGAUGUUUCUCGGCGAUUCAAAGCGACGCGUAGAGCUAAUCCUGUCCUCCUACCACGGCGCCAACGCGUUUCGCGACGAUCUCAUCCACGGCUUCAUUCUGCUGUACUCGAGCAAGCGCAAAGCGUCCCUGUCGACGCUAAGCGCGUUUUCGCUCAACAUCCCCAAUCUUCCGAUGCAGAUUGUGGCGGUUGCUGAGCAAGGAGGCGUGAAUGCAUUUUUUAACAACGACCUGUCGCAGCUGCUGAUUACAGAAGGUAACGCAAUCGCCGACAAGUUGCGGGCUCACUUUGCAACCGGGUCGGACGACGAGGGUCUGUUUCGAUUCGCCGCAUUUGCACCGUUCCUUAAGGAGGCAUGGGACAAGAAGCCGGAAAUUGAGCAUGCGUUUAAUAUGGAGGAACCGCUAACUAUCGAUUCGGGUGAGGGCACAAUGGAGCACUCCAUGCACCACCACCAUCAUCCACACCAACAGCAGCAAGCGCAGCAGACGGCGCAACAGUCUCAGGUUCCGCAACCACCGCCACGCUACGAGAGCUACCUCAUCAAUGGUUCAGCGACGACCUAUCGCAGCGGGCAUCAGCAUGGCCACUCGCUUCACGGCCAGCAGUCCGGUCACCAUGGCCAGCAGCAGAAAAUGUCACAGCAACUUUUUGACAAUCGCUCGAUCAACUCUUUCGACGAUCUCGACAGUCUUAAGCAGCAAGAGCAGCACCAGCAGCUGCACGUGCAACAGCAGUUGCACGGUCAGCAACAGCAGCAGUACAACAACAUGUACUAUUACGAGGACAGCAGUGAAUUCGACAAGGGUGGCAGCAAUCAAGGCUUCCAGAUUUAUCCACCGCCGACGACGCCUCCGGAGCCGGCUCCUCCCGAUCAUCUACUUACACCGUCAUCCAUACUGCGCCAACUAAAGGCAAAUACCGUGUCGCAGUCUCAGUCGAGUUUGGAGGAGAUCAACUCCGACGUCAGCGGAUCCAAGGACUCGAUCAACACCUACGAUUCAGGCUGGUUAGAUGACGGAUUUCUUAUACCGAAGCAAGACAACAAGCAAAGUGAGGACUUGUGGAAAAACGUAAAUGCUCACCACGCAUUCACGACUGGGCGCCGCCCUAACCAAUCGUCAUUUGCAAGAAAAGUACGACCCAAAGGACCGAGCCAAACCCUAAAGCAGCCAGGAAAACUAAACCUGAAAAGUUUCGCUAUCGUCAAUGAGGCGAUCGCUCGUAUGAAUGUUGGCAGCGCUGGUGGUGGUGGAUGUGAUAGUGGUGGAGGAUCAGGAGAAGGUCCUGGAGCCGGCACAAUGACAGAAAAAGAAAAAAAGAAAAAAGCAAAAAAAUUGCUGCAACAGCAACAACAGCAACUCGAGCAUGCUCCGUUAGCGGCGCCGGAGGACGACAGUGAGGAGUACGAGGACGAGGCCGGUUAUGAACAGAUCAAUGACGCGUUCAGUGACGCGGUAAACAAUGUGGCGAGUCAAUUAUUUACGACGUUCUCGGGUGGUGGUGCCAGUCGCGCCUCGGACGGAACCGUCCCGGGUGGUCAUGAGUUAACUACCAAUAAAAACAAGCUGCGCCAGCGGCGAGAGAAGGAGCAGAUAUUCAACAUUCCUGAGUAUUCGGACUCGGAGAGCGAUUCCAGCUCGCUGGAGCACAAACGUUCCACGGACGGUUACUCAAAGAUAAAUCGGAAAGCACAAUCACAUAAACGGCACCGCAAAAAACGCACCGCUAUACCGGUGCAACCACCGAAAAUACCGAUCGGCCCGUUCGGAUCAUCGACAAGCACGGUCGGCGAAGGUACGGUUUGUGGUGGUGGACUGACGCUUGGCACAGCUAGCGGUGGCGGUGCUACCCUCGGGACAUCCCUCGUUGGCAUGCCUAUGAUGUACCAGAAGCUAAAGAAUGAGAAAAACAUCGAAAAGCAAGACCAAGAUGAAUCCAGCGUCGACGUUUCUUCCCCACGUGACAACAACUCUCCAAUCUUCGGAGUGUUACCAAAGUCUGGCGAGCGCGAGAAGUUAAUCCCAAAGCACAAGAACUGGUUUGGUAAAGAGAUCGACUCGAGCAGUAAGACCAGCAGUAAGGAGUCGCGAGAUGCACGUAGCACUACGAAAGCAAAUGCUAAAGGCUCGAAAAAUGCGACAGUUGCGGUCCAACCUUCACUAUCUAGCUUCAAGCAGUCGGACAAAAACUUAGUGCCAUUGUUCGUAGAAAAAUGCGUCAAAUUUAUUGAGCAGGAAGGUCUCGAUUCCGAGGGGAUUUAUCGCGUGCCCGGCAACCGAACGCAUGUUGAUUUGCUUUACCAGAAAUUUGAAGAAGAAGUGAAUGUUGACAUCGAGAUUUUGGACAUUCCGGUAAACGCCGUUGCUACAGCACUGAAGGAUUUCUUUGCCAAGCGCCUGCCGGCCCUCUUUAGUGCGGAAAUAAUGAGUGAGUUGGAAGAAAUUGCUGGUUCACGGCCUUUGCAGUCAAUCACUAGCCUGAACAUGGAGGUGAAAACCGAUCGAAGCUGCCGAUUGAUUGCGUUGCGUGGCCUCCUCAAUAAGCUGCCGCCGAGCAACUUCGCGAUACUCAGUUUUAUUUUUCAGCAUUUUGUGAGGGUAUCUGAGAACUCGAAAUUAAACAGUAUGGACAGUAAGAACCUGGCGAUAUGCUGGUGGCCGACGCUACUGCCGAUUGAAUUCACCGACAUGAUGCGUUUUGAAACGAUGCGCCCUUAUCUGGAGGACAUUGUUCAAACGAUGAUUGAUCAGUUUCCCUUUCUGUUUUGCGGCGAAGAAGCGUUCGUGAUGGUUUGAUGCGCAUAAAGGAUGGCACGGUGGUGGAUGAAAAUGGAGUAGCGAGGUAAAUUUGAGGGGAUUACUUAACACGCAAACAUAAACACACAAACACAAACAAAAAUAUAGUUAUCUUAGCUUUUUGCCCGCGCCCAUGCUCCUUCCUAAUUACACGCUAUCGCUCAUUUAAUGCGGGUAUGUGCGUGUUUACAAUGCAGCUUUAACAACCGCAGGUUAGUAAUGAAUUAGAAAAUAAUGAUUAUAGUUUUUCCCGGUGUCAUUCAAACCCAACGAAAACAGAAAUUAAACAAAUGUCGUCCAUUUCUCCCGCCUCCACCACCAAAUUUUAUGUUUGGAGGCUAAGCUGUAAAUGUUUGCAGGCGUUUCACCAAACAAAGAAAACAAAGUACGUUGUGGAAAUGUAAAGGAUUUCCACAAAAACAGAACAAUUAAUUGUAAUAUUCUUACAAAUAUACGGCAACAACGUCUCUUGAAGACAACGCAUGUCAACACAGAACGUCCUCCAAUACUUCGUUUAGCUUUCGCUUUUAUUUAACUUGUUAGACUUCCAAAACCAUUCGAUGACAGCAAGUCCCCAAAAGACAAAGAAGACAAGAAAAGAAAAAAGAACCACACACCAACUCAAAGCAUGUAGAAUUAGAUAGGAAUAGAUAAUGCACCAAUUUCCCAUUGCAGAUUUACCGUACGCAUAGUGAAGGUGUUUACUGCACGCAUAUUUGGAUUGUUGGAAAACGACGGCACACCGCCCUCCCAUCCCACGACUUUGCCUCUUUCUUGUCACCAACAUAUUAUACAUAGUAACCACCACAUACAGACGAAAUGAAGAAAUAGAUAAGCAGACAGGAGUUUCUUUUUCCAUUUUCAAUGUGACAGGUACAUAUUCUGCUUGCCUAGAAUCUGUAACAAGUUUGUGUAAAAUGAUUUCAUGUAUGCACAGCAUUGACUAUUCAAAUAUUACCCAUAAAAUCUUUGUAUCGUCAUACACUCGAGGAUAGAUGAUGCAAGGCAAAUUUUCGCAAAGAGCUGACGAGAUGGAGUGACACCAUCAAUUCAUUACACAGGCUGUCUCCUCGUUUCAAUUAUAUCACGGCACUUGUUGUGUGUAACUUUUCCAGAGGUGAGAUGAUAUCUGCCAAUAUUGAAGAACGAGUGAAACAGUGAAUAUGUUUUGCCCUUUCUUCGCCAUGGGUAAACCCACCCAAUAGUAACUUUUCAUUGAUAAUACGUACAAAGCAGUAUAAUGCUGUACACGACGACUUGGCUUAAGGAAAAAUCGCACAUGAGGAGUGUGAUAAAAUCCUUAUGAAAUGCUUCAGUUGUUAAGUACCGAUUGUUUUUGGCUUUCUGAAAUGAACGGGCUAUUAUUUUCCUUAGCGCGCAUGGAAUGAAAUUGAAAAACAAAAAGCACGCACACUUACACACACUACAAUUCCGCAAAAUCAUGCUACUAUAAAGAAAUAACAACAAUACAUGAUGGAGUAUUAUUUUUUCUACCCAAGUCAUUAUUUGUCCUUUGUCUUUUGCUCACAGAUAAGAAAAGCAUAAAAGGAGAGUCAAUGGUAAAAAUAUAAAGAAAGAAAGAAGAAAAAAUAUUUGAAAGCGGAACUUUUGAAAAAGUAACAGAGGGCUCGGAAAAGAUAGGAAAAAGCUGCAAAUCUUAUUGCUAUUCGAAUAAUGCGCUGCCCCAUAAAAUAAAAAAAAACACAACAAAACAAUGACAACAGCAAGAAAAAAGUUCGUGUUGAUAGUUCCUUCAAGAAAAAGGAAAGCGAGCAGUCGGUAGGUGCUAUGGAAAACUAAAAUAGGUAAAGGUAAAGUAGAUGAGGAAACAUGUGUAUUGCGUGUCCGGUGCAGUAGUAGGAAUCGCACACAAGUCCCUUUCGUAUUAUAUGUCUAUUGAUACCGCAGCAGUUAUUAUGUUUUUUUUGCAUCGGCUUCUUGGUGACUACGUGCAUUUCCAAUCUUAAAAAAAUGAAACUAUUAGAAGCAGUUCCAAUGGAAUCGUGCAAUGCAAAGCAGACCGUGUCCUGUUCUAAUGUCCUACCCUAAUGAAGAAACAUAGUCGAUUGAGCUAUAUAAAGUCAACGCAAUACAAUUUUCCGUGCAGCAUAGCCAAUUAUGGGUUGCCAAAAUAUGCUUCCCCUAUGUAAACAAAUGAUUCAACCAUCAUCACAAUAGUAUCAACUCCAUAUAAGAAAAAUGAAAAAAUGCGCAGCGCAGCACAUCUUCAUACAUCAUGCAGUUUGGAUGCAUGAUCUAUAAUUGGCCAAGCUGCACGAAAAAUGAUAUUACUUUGACUUUGGAACAAACUACCGAUAAUGCUACCGAUACAAAAAAACGACCUGUAAACAAAUAUGUGGUGAUAUAAACGAAACUAUUAAUUAAUGUAUUGUAAUAUAAUUUUAUUCUAGCAUUAUGCUUACGCUUCUGUUAACUCUUAAAACGGAUGUCCAGUGAAAGCUGUAGAAGCAAGACAUCCAUUCAUUAUUCCAAACUGAAAAAAAAUCGUGGAUCCUUUCGGGUUUGUGUGUAGAAAAACCAGAAAAAAUACAUAAAAACAUGUUGAAAAUGUUUUUUUUGUACUUUGCAUUAUUUCAUUUGCGUAAUUUGCGGAAACUUACUGGUGUGGUAAGACAAUGUGUUUCGUACAUUUUUAUAAAGCGUAAGACGCACGUUUUUCAUUCGCAUGAUGUUUUAUAAUGGCAUGUUAUGUUUGCCUUUGCCGUGCGGAGAAAAUGCAGUUCUUGUGACUUUUAAAAUACACACAAACGCGCGUGGCGAAUAAAGUCGGGGAAAGCAGACCGAUCUUACGCUGUUGCGGCGCGAGACGUCCAGAAUUCAAUGUGUAAAUUAACUAUAUAAUGGCAACAAACAGCUCACAGCGUCAAACGAGAAGUUAAAAAAGAAGGAAAAACCAAUCGCCCUUUGGAGCUAGAUUUCUAAACCUAGAGCAACACUAAAAAUUGGUGUAUAAGUAUAAUACAACAGUUAAACAUUGAAGCAAGCAAACACAAGAAAGCACAAACAUAAAUCAUGUAUUGGCUUUUUUAACUAUUUCGCACUGGUAUUCUCUUUCUAUUCAUCGUGCUGUUGACUGUACCUUGUGCGUGUGUAUGCCUCAUUCAAGCGCAAGCAAAGCAGAGAAACGAUUUGAUAAACGAAGUGACUGCACUGCGUACAUGCUAGGUGAAAAAGAAUUCGAAAGAAGGAGCGGUGACUUUGAAUCAUGCUAGAUACCACUAUGCACUACCAUUUUACUCUCUUCCUCGCUUUUUCCAUCCUAUGGACCGUGCGCUGUGUGAUUGGCCAUCAGACGUCUUAGGCAGCCGCGAUCGCGUUGGAAACAACGUUGGAACGUUGAGUCGAAAGAGCUACUGACCGUUUGGAAAGCGAUCGAAUAAAUUAGAUAAGAAACCGAUGUGAUCCGACGGAAGAUGAGAACUAUUUUAAAGCUUAAACAAUACUCAAUUAUAUUUUAAAACACAAUGAAAUGUCCACAAUUGUAUGUGCAGUCUCUGUGUCCAAAAU